AAUUUAGCUGGGUGCCAAUUGUUAGCCAGCAAGCUGGCCACGACAAGUUAUCGUCUGGUUGUGGCCCCGGCCAGCAGCCAAAGAACCACUAGCACAGCUCAUAGUUCAGUGGGUCAGGUGUUGGUUACCACCAAUAGCACCAACACAAUCACAACAACAAACUCUAAUAACCACAACAACAACAACAACAGCAGCAGCAGUAGCAAUAACAAGGGAUUAGAAAACGUUUCAGUGGCGGAUGGUAAUGGUGGUGGUGCAACUGGAACCGGAACCACCUAUAAAGUUGAAGUGCUCGAGGAGAAUGAUGAUAUCCAAAGUAUUGCCACCGACGAUGAUGAUGACGAUGAGGAUGAUGAUCAGGAUUUAAUUAGUAGCGAUGGUUCAUUCUAUAAUGAGGAUGAGGCAGCUGCUGCCACAGUUGCCGAUGGCCUGCAACCUGGCCACGAUGAUGCAGUGGCCCAACAAUUGGCCGCUGCCGGACCAGUGGGCGUGGCGGCGGCAGCUGCCAUUGCCAGUUCAAAGAAACGUAAACGCUCUCACAUGUUCGAAACGAAUCCCUCGGUCCGCAAGCGUCAACAGAAUCGUUUGUUACGCAAACUACGCGGCAUUAUAUACGAAUUUACGGGACGAGUGGGCAAACAGGCUGUCGUCCUGGUGGCCACACCAGGCAAACCCAAUACGAGUUACAAAGUUUUUGGUGCCAAACCUCUGGAGGAUGUGCUAAGGAAUUUGAAGAAUAUUGUUAUGGAUGAAUUGGACAAUGCAUUGGCCCAACAGGCACCGCCACCGCAGCAGGAGGAUCCAACGCUUUUCGAAUUGCCUGGCCUGGUUAUCGAUGGUAUACCAACGCCGGUGGAGAAAAUGACCCAGGCCCAGUUGAGGGCCUUCAUCCCGUUGAUGUUGAAGUAUUCGACUGGUCGUGGUAAACCCGGCUGGGGCCGAGAGUCGACACGUCCUCCCUGGUGGCCCAAGGAAUUACCCUGGGCCAAUGUGCGCAUGGAUGCCCGAUCUGAGGAUGACAAGCAGAAGAUCAGCUGGACACAUGCGUUGCGUAAAAUUGUGAUCAAUUGCUAUAAAUAUCAUGGACGUGAUGAUCUAUUGCCCACCUUUGCGGAUGAAGAUGAGAAGGUAACCGCUUUGGUAGCACAAAUCAAUUAUGGUGUUGGUGCCGCUGUAUCGAGUUUAAAUCAAAAUAACCAUCGUGAUGCUGAUGCUGAUGAUGAUGAUGAUGAUGACGAUGAUGAUGCCGAUGCCGAUGAGAAUGAUUUGGAUGAUCUCGAAGAACAGCAGCAGCAGCAGCAGCAACAACAACAGAUUGUCUCAACUAGAUUGGCAACAAGCGGAUCAUCACAUACUCAGCAGCAGCAGCAGCAUCACCAGCAACAACAACAACAAGUGAAUGUGGUGAAAAUUAAUAGCGCCGGCACUGUGAUCACCACCCAUCAUGCUCAAACGAAUGCUCCGGCUCCGACAAUAAUUCAAAGCACAAAUAAUCAGCAUAUCACAACCACAGCCACUUUGCCGGCAUCAACGAAAAUAGAAAUAUGUCAAGCUCCUGCUCCUGGAACGCAGCAGCAGCAGCAGCAGCAACAUCAACACCAUCAUCAACAACAACAACAGUCAGCGGGAGCCACCACAAUACAUAUACAGCCAACAGGGAUUAGUCAAGGACAACCGCAGACAAUACAAUUGACAACAGCGAGUGGUACGGCAACAGCGACUGCGACGGCCAUUACGGCAGGCUCUGUAAGUGCUGGCACCCAAACGACAACAACAGCAGCAACACUCAACAACCAACAGCAACUCCUCAACAACCACCACCACCACCACCAGCAGCAGCAGCAGCAACAACAGUUUACCCACAAUACCCACGUUUGCCUUGAACCCCUAACGCUGCGACAUCCUUGUCAUGAUGUUGAUGCUGUAGAUGAUAUUGUUGAUCAAGUCGAUGAUGAUGUGGAUGAUGUUGAUUUUACAACCACACAGACUGUAUUAUCACAGAAUCCAGAUGGCAGCGUCUCUAUAAUACAAGUGGAUCCAAAUAAUCCAAUUAUAACUUUACCCGAUGGCACCACCGCACAAGUUCAGGGCGUGGCAACGCUACAUCAAGGCGAAGGCGGCACCACCACCAUACAAACUGUUCAGAGUCUCAGCGAUGUCAAUGGUCAUGAGAAUAUGACUGUCGAUUUAACCGAGGCACAGGAUGGACAAAUCUAUUUUACCACCGAAGAUGGACAAGACUAUCCCGUUUCUGUUAGCAAUGUGAUCUCAGUGCCGGUUUCUAUGUAUCAAACCGUUAUGGCCAAUAUGCAGCAAUUACAAACAAACAGCGAUGGAACUGUGUGCCUAGCACCCAUGCAGGUACAAGUCGCAAGCGGCAACAACAUCAAUAAUAACAGCCAUACAACAACAGCAGCAGCAGCAGCUCUCACCAGCAGCGGCAGCAAUAGCAGCACAGGAGCAAUAACCGCUCCCCCAGCCUUGCAAUGCUAUCAAUUGAUAACUGCUACUAGUGGAGCCAUCAACAGGCGACCACAUCAACAGCAGGCUAUUACAUUGCAGGCAACAACACCAGCACCAACAACAACAGCUGCUAGCACGGUGGCGGCAACUCCUCGAUUUUAUUGCUUGAAUUAUGGCCAGGGACAAGGAACAAGCACAUUUAAUCUCAACAAUAAUAAUAAUAAUAAUACUAAUAAUAAUAAUGCAACUAGUGCCACCAUUAAGAUGCCCAUGCCGAUGCCCAUUGUGUUGGCCAAUUCAACGGGAACAACUGCAAAUCUACGUCGACGAACAACCGGAACGAAAAGACGUAGACAAAAGACGACAACGCCGACCGCAUUGGGCAGGGGAACGAGUGCUGCUGUUGGUGCUGCUGCUGCAGUUGAAGCUGGAACUUCUGCUGGUGCUAGUUCUAGCGGAGGAUCAUCAUCCUCCACUGCCAUACGCUGUGUGGAUAGUGCCAAUUUGCAAACAGCAAAAACAAUUAAACUAGAGCAUUUGGAAUAUUUAAUUAAGAGAAAUAUCAACCGCCCAUCUAUAUAUAUUGAAAAUGGUGAUCAAAUGGAAACAAUAACCCUCACAUCUGAUCAAAUGCAUCAAAUGAUGAUACAAAGUGGACCCGGACAGGAGCCGCAAUUGGUACAAGUAUUAAGUCUUAAGGAUGGUACACUUUUAGGCCAUCAACUGAAAGACCAUGACGACGAUGAGACGAUCAUAAUGGAACAAUAAGCAAAGCAAUGCAACGCAAUAAAAACAAAAAGUAAUUUAACUCAUUAUCACUUAUUGUUAGUAUCGAUUUGGUUUACACACAAUUCAGACUGCUCUAAAUUAACUACAUGUGUAUUUGUAUAUGUAUAAA